GAGAGGUUUGGCUGGUGACUGGCUGAGUGCUGGCAGCUGAAGCUCCCAGUUCUGUAUGCCUCCUGUUCCUCAUUUUCUCCAGCCCUGCUCCCCCCAUCCAGUACCUUAAGAGAAGGAGGAGCAAACUCCAGCACCUUGGCUCACAAAACCAAGCCCCUCGUUGGGUACACCUAAUGGACAAGCCAGUGAACAUGCUGGUGAAGGUGGAUGCUGGCGUGGUUGCGGAACCUGAGACCUCUCCCAUGUGCUUGGCUGGAGGCGAGGAUGACUCUGAUAUGCUCACCUGGUGCCAUUCUUGUUGAGGCGUAGCCAGCAAGACCAAGAUCAAGAUUCAAGCAGGAAGAUGGUGCUCUACGCCCAUUUCCCAUUAUGCAAAUCAGGCAUAAAGAUAUCAGAUCCUUAUCUGUCCUAGAAGGAUUUUCACACGAAUGCAUCCAAAAUCUUUUCUGCAUCAGACAGACAGAAGCCUACCAGGAAAGUCUGGGUGACACUAGGCUCCACAACACAGACUGUCUCCAAAGGCUGCUCUGUCUUCGAUUGACCACACUCCAGAUAGAGAUUUGGCAAGUGUUGUGCCACUAAUAUCAUAAAUAACGAAGACGUGCGUAUGGCUGGAUAGCUACAUGCAUCCUUGAGCAUGAAGACAGACUCUGAUGCACCCGGAUCUUUGCACAGCACAAGGUCACAUUGCUCUUGGCUGUGCUUUAUGGCCACCGGCAGACAUACGCUGCCUGCUACAACAGGAGCUUGCUCGCAGCCACCCUGUGCCAUGAGUGACCACGCAGGGCUGGUGAGCCACCUGCGGGCAGCCUGGCUCUCAGGGAAGACACGGCCCUUGGAAUACCGUACAGCCCAGCUGGAGGCCCUGGGCCUCUUCCUGGAGGAGAAGCAGCAGGACAUCCUGGAGGCCACUGCCUUGGACAUGCGCAAGCCAUCCUUUGAAGUGGAACUCUCUGAGAUCUCCAUCUGCAGGAGUGAGCUCAACCACACGCUAAACAACCUGGGUGCCUGGAUGAAGGACGAGAACGUGGACAAGAAUUGGGCAACACAGCUGGACUCGGCUUUCAUCCACAAGGACCCCUAUGGGGUAGUGCUCAUCAUUGGGCCCUGGAACUACCCCAUCAACCUCCUCCUAGUGCCCCUCAUUGGAGCCAUUGCUGCUGGUAACUGUGUUGUACUGAAACCCUCCGAAAUCAGUAGGAACAUGGAGAGGCUGGUGGCCGAGGCACUGCCCAGCUACCUUGACAAGGACUGCUUUGCCGUGGUGACUGCCGGCGUGGAGGAGACCACCAGGCUGCUGGAAAACAAGUUUGACUACAUCUUCUUCACUGGCAGCACCUCAGUGGGCAGGAUUGUGAUGACAGCUGCUGCCAAGCACCUGACACCGGUGACGCUGGAGCUGGGGGGCAAGAACCCCUGCUACGUGUCUGACACCUGCAAUGUGCAGAACGUGGCCCGGCGGGUGGCCUGGGGACGCUUCUUCAAUGCGAGGCAGACCUGUGUUGCGCCUGAUUACAUCCUGUGCAGUGUGGAGAUGCGAGAGAGGCUGGUGCCUGCCCUGCGCGAGGCCAUCACAGAGUUCUAUGGCCCUGAACCCCGCAAUUCCCUUGACUUCGCCCGCAUUGUGGGGGAUAAACAGUUCAAGCGUGUGCAGGCGCUGCUGAGCAGUGGGCGUGUGGCCAUCGGGGGAGAGACAGAUGAGAAGGAGCGCUACAUCGCCCCCACAGUGCUGGUGGACGUCCAGGAGGAUGACCCAGUGAUGCGGGAGGAGAUCUUUGGCCCUGUGUUGCCCAUUUUGACAGUGACCAGUGAGGAGGAUGCCAUCACCUUCAUCAGUGCCCGGGAACGGCCACUGACACUCUAUGUCUUCUCCUCCAGCACAAAGGUGGUUCGCCGGCUGCUGGAGCGGACAAGCAGCGGUGGCUUCUGUGCCAAUGACACCAUCAUGCACAUGACGCUGACUUCACUGCCGUUUGGUGGCAUCGGACUCAGCGGCAUGGGCCGCUACCACGGCCGUUUCACCUUCGAGACCUUCUCGCACCUCCGCUCGGUCCUGCUCCGUGCCGACGGCCGGGAGGCGCUGAACAGCCUUCGCUACCCGCCGUACGCCCCGCGCCGACUGCCGCUGCUCCGCACCACCGUGGAGAGCCGCCGCCGCCGCACCGCCGCCUGCACGUUGCUCUGA